GGGCUUUUCACUGAUUCUUUACCUACUGCCCAACUCCAGCUUUCUCCCUUUUCAACAUCAUCAUACACGCUGGACCUUGACACAAAUACGCAGCCAUAUCCAUCAUCCGAACAUCAACUACCCUCCACUCUGAUCGCCAUCUCAAAUGGGCUCCAAUGAUGUGCCGCCCGCCCAUUGCCCGUCAUGGGUAGUCCCCACGAGUACCGCUCUGCUCGGCAUCGGCGUGCUCUUCUGGGACGCGACCUACAUCUUGAUGACGCGCCGCGCCCUAGCCACCAAGACCUACGGCAUGCCGCUCCUGGCCCUCGCUCUCAACGUUUCAUGGGAGCUGGUCUAUGCCUUUUACGUCAGCGAGAUGAUACUGGAGAAACUCGGGUUUGCCUUCUGGCUCUUGCUGGACAUCGGCCUCAUCUACACCACCGUCCACUUCGGUCCCGAGGCCUGGCGUCUUACGAAUCCGUGGGUAGGCCGAAACAUCGGCUGGCUUUUUGCCCUUAUGACCGCCGUCGGAUGCGUGGGUCACUACGCCUUUGCUGCCUGGUGGAUGUCCGAGCCUCACCGGGGUUCCGGCGAUAAGACGGGCAAGUUCUGGGCGGGCCAGGAUGGAUAUGAUGCCACCGAAGCGGCCUUUUGGUCUGCCGCCGUUUGUCAACUGGCCGGCAGCGCGGGGAGUCUCGCCAUGCUCAUAACCCGGGGUCAUUCUGGGGGAACAAGCUAUCUGAUUUGGCUAUGUCGAGCUCUCGGAACACUGGUCGGUUUGGUUUUAGCCAACGUCUUCCUUUGGUGGUUCUGGCCAGAGGCGCAUGGCUUCGUCUUCAACCCCUUUGCCGUAUUUCUCUGGGGGACUUCUCUCGUCUGCGAUAUCUUGUAUCCUUUCGUACUGUGGCAGGUCCGCCGGUCCGAGGUGUUGCUUCCAGACGGUACGCUCGCCAUGUCAAGACCUGGUGAGGCCGCCAUGGCAGCCCCCAGGAACCAUCAGAAGAAGAAGCAAUAAGGUCUUCGUGUCUGCAAGGGGCUGGAUUGAUGUUCAGACAGGUAACGAUUGGCAGUCAAACGACCACUGUUUUCCCUAGAUCCCAGCGAGUGUCUCUGC